GAAGAAGUGAGACUUGUGUUCUUACGGUGUUUAUAGCUUCUUUGUUUUGUCUUUUAGGUUCUUGCCUUUUUCCGAUCAAUCAGACCAAUCCCUCCUUCACUUUUAGCAUCUUAUUCUCUUUCGUUCUUCUUAUAUUUCUGGGAAUUUUCUUCAAUCGAUUCCUCUUUGUUGUAAUCUCACAAUUAGAGAGAGAGAUAUGUAUAAUCAGUUGGCGAUAUCUUCGUCUUCUUCAUCUUCUUCGUACUAUGAAUCUUUGAAGGUUUUGGAAGCUGAUGUUCAACACGCUAAUUCUUUGUAAGUCCUUUUUCUGGGUUUCUUCUAAAGUUUAAGACUUUAGUUUAAAAUUGUUUGAUUAGUUGAGCUAUAAGAGUAUAGUUAGUGAAAAAAUUGAAAACCCAGAUGAUAAUUUUAGGUCAUUCUCUUCUCUGUGUGUAAUCUCUUCUCAUCAAAAUUGGGUUAUUUUAGGAAACUCCGAUAAAUUUUUAGUUUAGUUUUAGAAAGCUUUCACAAAUAGAACAUUCUGGAAAGUUGUUGUUGGUUUUGAUAUUCUAAUUUAAGCAAAUUUAGUAGCUUUUUUGUUUUUGUUUUGGCUCAAGGUCCCUAAACUUUGUUAUUGCACAUGUUGUGUUCGAUGAAUUGUGUAUGAGAACUUUGAGGUUUAUAUCUUUUCAGGGCAGAAGCAAUUCCAAUGGGGAAGAACAAUGUGCGGCUUCAGAUGAAACUGGUUCAUAGUAACUUUGCUUCAUUAUUACUCUUCUUGCUCCGGUGGAUUGAUCUUUCUUCCUCAUGUCUUAUUCCUCGCUACUUAAACCUCUUUCAUGUUCUUGUCUACAAGGUCCAGUCUGAUGGACAACCUAAGCUUACCACGCACGGAAGGAAAGCAACGAUUAGUGAGUUCUAUGGUGUGAUACUACCAUCACUGCAGCUAUUACACAGCAACUUAGAUGAGUUGGAAACCACAGACAUCGGGUUUGACCUUAAAAGACUCAGUAAGAAGAUAACAAAAGAGGCUCGUAGUAGUAGAUUCAGCAAUGCCGGUUUAGAGCGUGAAGAAGAAUGCGGUAUCUGUUUAGAAACUUGCACCAAAAUGGUGUUGCCUAAUUGUUGCCAUUCUAUGUGCAUCAAAUGCUAUCGCAAUUGGAACUUGAAGUCUCAGUCAUGCCCGUUUUGUCGAGGCAGCAUGAAGAGAGUGAACUCAGAGGACUUGUGGGUGCUUGCGGGUGAUAACGAUGUGGUGGAUACAAGGACGGCUUCAAGGGAAGAUUUGUUCAGAUUCUAUCUCUACAUCAAUAGCCUUCCCAAGGAUUACCCAGAAGCUCUCUUUGUGGUUUACUAUGAGUACUCAAAUCUGCUAUAGAAUCUGGACAAACAAAACUUUGUACAGAUUUUUAGAUGGUAAAUGUAUUGUAUAGAAUGUAAAACUGUGUUAAGGCUUUUGGAUGAUAUGAUGCAAAUGCCAAAGCUCUCAGUUUUUACAUACUUAAUAAUUGUCAAAUUGCGAGAAAAAAAAAAAGCUUGAAUGCAGCAAAGAAUAAAGAUCUCAUUUCAUCUUAA